AUUAGUGCUACUAACUGUGAGUUUUUCAAGCCAUUCAACGUCACCUACGAUCACAGAGCACUUAUCCUUGAUGGACAACGUAGAAUCCUCAUUUCCGCUGAAUUUCACUAUCCUCGUGCCACUCCUCAGAUGUGGCCUGAUUUGAUUGCCAAGACCAAGGAAUGUGGGAUUGAUGUCAUUCAAACUUAUGUCUUUUGGAAUGGCCAUGAGCCCCUUCAACAACAGUAUAAUUUCGAGGGACAAUAUGAUCUUGUGAAGUUCGUAAAGUUGGUGGGAGCUAGCGGACUGUAUCUUCAUCUCCGAAUAGGUCCAUAUGUUUGUGCAGAGUGGAAUUUCGGAGGUUUCCCUGUGUGGCUUCGUGAUAUUCCUGGAAUCGUAUUCCGAACAGACAAUGCACCAUUCAAGGUUGAGAUGCAACGUUUUGUCAAAAAAAUAGUAGAUAUGAUGCGAGACGAAUCUCUCUUUUCUUGGCAAGGUGGCCCAAUCAUUAUGAUGCAGAUUGAAAAUGAGUACGGAAAUAUUGGAGGCUCAUAUGGUCAAGGGGGGAAAGACUACAUCAAAUGGGCUGCAGAAAUGGCUGCUGGACUUGGAGCUGGUGUCCCAUGGGUUAUGUGCCGGCAAGAUGAUGCUCCAGAAUACAUUAUAGAUACCUGCAACGGGUUCUACUGUGAUGGUUUCAAACCUAACUCCGAUAAGAAACCAGUAAUGUGGGCUGAGAAUUGGGAUGGAUGGAUUUCCCCCUGGGGAGAAAGACUUUUUCAUAGGCCCGUGGAGGACCUUGCAUUUGCAGUUGCUCGAUUUUAUGAACGAGGAGGAAGCUUUCAGAACUAUUAUAUGUUUUUUGGUGGGACGAAUUUUGGACGGACUUCUGGAGGGCCUAACUAUAUCACUAGUUAUGAUCAUGAUGCUGCAAUUGAUGAGUAUGGUCUUCUAAGUCAGCCUAAAUGGGGGCAUCUAAAGGAUCUGCAUGCUGCCUUAAAGCUUUGUGAGCCUGCACUAGUUGCUGCUGAGUCAGCUGAGUACAUAAAGCUAGGAUCUAUGCAGGAGGCACAUGUGUAUCGUGGUAAUAAUAGUAUCUGCUCAGCAUUUCUUGCAAAUAUCGAUCAAAAUAAAGCUAUCACUGUAUCAUUCCUUGGUCAAUCAUACACAUUACCACCAUGGUCCGUGAGCAUACUACCAGACUGCAAUAAUAGUGUAUAUAACACUGCAAAGGUUGGGGUACAGACCGCCAUCAAAGUUGUGGAAAUUAAGCCAAAAGCAUCCACAAAAAAUGAUGCUUCCGGGUACUUAACCCAGAAGGAAGUACCUUUCGUCUCCAAAUCAUGGAUGGCAUAUAAGGAGCCUGUUGGUAUUUGGAGUGAUCUGAACUUUACUGUUCAAGGCAUCUUAGAGCAUUUAAACGUGACAAAAGACCGAACAGAUUAUUUAUGGUAUUUCACCAGAGUCUACGUAUCUGAUGAGGACAUUGCACACUGGAAGGAAAAUGCAGUUAGUCCUGCACUUACAAUUGAUAGCAUGCGUGAUGUGGUUCGUAUCUUCAUUAAUGGACAACUUAUAGGAAGUGCAAAUGGUUACUGGAUCAAGGUUGCUCAAGUAGUUCAACUUAAGAAAGGAUACAAUGACUUGAUGUUAUUAUCGCAGACAGUAGGCUUGCAGAACUAUGGUCCCUUUUUUGAGAAAGAUGGAGCAGGAUUGAAGGGUCGGACCACUCUAAAUGGAUUCAAGAAUGGGGAUAUUGAUCUCACACAUUCAACAUGGACCUAUCAGGUUGGGCUUAAAGGUGAAUUCAUGAAAUUAUAUGCUACUGAUGCUGACAGAAGUUCGGUUUGGACUAAUUUGACACAUGACGAAGUUCCAUCAAUCCUUUCCUGGUACAAGACAUAUUUUGAUUCCCCUCCUGGGAAAGAUCCAGUGGUUCUUGACGUGAGCAGUAUGGAUAAAGGUCAAGCUUGGGUCAACGGACACCAUAUAGGAAGAUACUGGACCCUUGUUACCAGAAAAUAUGGUUGUCAGGAAACUUGCGAUUAUCGUGGGUUUUAUGGUCCAGACAAAUGUACUACAAAUUGUGGCAAGCCUACUCAGAUUUGGUACCAUGUGCCACGAUCAUGGUUACAGCCAUCAGAUAAUCUACUCGUUGUAUUUGACGAGACAGGAGGGAACCCAUUUGAGAUUUCUGUCAAGACAGUUUUUGUCAAAACUGUCUGUGCUCACGUUUUUGAGGAUUAUUAUCCACCUCUUCAAAUGUGGUCCUAUCCAAAAGACAUCAAUGGAGAACCUUCCGUAAUCCAGAUGGAACCAGUGAUGCAAUUGCAAUGUGAAGAUGGUUAUACAGUUGUGUCCAUAGAGUUUGCUAGCUAUGGAACUCCCCAAGGUAGCUGCCAGGCGUUCUCCAUAGGCAAUUGCCACGCACCAACUUCAUCGUCCAUAGUGUCCAAGGCCUGUGAGGGAAGAAAUAGCUGCAAAAUAGAAGUCUCAAAUUCUGUAUUUGGCGACCCAUGCCCCGGGACUGUGAAAUCCCUGGCUGUUAAGGCAAGAUGUGAACCAUCGUCAUCAACGACUACAUGAUGCAGCGGAUCAUAUGCCAAGGGUCGAUACCAGAGUAGUUAAGAAAUGUCAAAGCACAUGCAAAAUUCUCUUCAUAGUACAAACUAGUUUCAAUUUAUGUUCAAUAAUUGUGCGCAUGAUUGUUUUGUUGGUCGAAGGGUAAGGUUCUUCUCAGAGCCUUUCUAUUUAUGAGAACCGUGAGAGCAUAUAUAUAUAUAUAUAUGUAUAUAUAUAUGAAAAGGUUCAUGCGAGAACCAUUUGAAUUGAAAGAACUUCUAAUAUUAUGACUUUAUGUUUAUAUGUAAAUGAUA